AGUCUUCCACGGAAUUUUCUCGCGGAAUGGUGCUUUUAGCAAUUUUCCUCUGUUUGGCGCCUUUUUUCGCCAUCACUAUUGUCUGCCUCCUUAUGCAGAGAGUCAGGAAUUUUAGACGCCUUCACGAUUGUCCGGAAAAGUAUCCAUAUACCCGACCACGUCUCAUCUUCAGCCCCAUUCACGCUUCUGCUGAUAUGGGACAGAGAAUUUGGGUUGUUGAGAGUGUGUGAUUAUUCUUCAGGCAUUUGAACAAAGUUAAAAAGAAAUUGCCUGUCUCUUUCUCGAGAAAAAGGAGUGGCUAAAUCCCAAUUUGUAGAUAAUCCCCGAAAUUCUAGGAAUUUUCCACUAUACAUGUUCUGGAAAACAACCAGCAUGGGUUUUUGAGAUCGAAAAAAAAACCUUUAACCAGAGUGUGAUAAGGAAAGAGUAUGUUUUGGUGAAUUUUUCUAUAACUGGUGAGUUUUCACGACCUUUUUUGGGACCAUGCUCCGAGGAGCAGAUCGUCAGUUAUCUUCUGCCUGUCGUGCCAUAAGCAACUUUUUCUCCAAAACACUCCUCAAAUCUCACUUCUUCAAUUCAGUCUAAAUUUUUACAAGAUGUUCCAGACACUUCGGCGAGCUCUGCAUCAAAUCCAGCGACAACCCUGUGCUGAUGUCCGGAGGCAAUUGCAGAAAAUCGGACUACUUGGGGUACCUUUUUCACGUGGUCAAAAGAAAUUUGGGGUAGAAUGUGGCCCCAAAGCCAUCAGAGAAGGUGGACUUUUGCAAGAAAUCACAGAUAUAUCAGAUGAGCUUCAAGUCAAAGACUUUGGUGAUAUCACCUACGAACCCAAGGCCACACAGAUCAAACCGCGCAAUAUGCUCGGAUAUGACGAUGUCGUAGCCUGCAAUCAGCGUCUGUCUGAGAAAGUCUUUGAGAUUCUAUCAGAUGAUCGGAUGUGCAUAACACUCGGUGGUGAUCAUGCCAUUGGAAUUGGUUCUGUAGAUGGUCAUGUGCGUCAGCGGAAAAAUAUUGCAAUUGUCUGGGUUGAUGCUCAUGCUGAUCUCAAUACCAACACAUCAUCCACCUCUGGAAAUGUCCAUGGGAUGCCAUUGGCUCUCCUGGCUGAGGAAUUUGCCGGAAUGUGGCCAUAUCUGCCAAAUAUGGACUGGCAGGUACCACGAGUCUCAACCAAGAAUAUUGCCUACAUUGGACUGAGGUCAGUAGAUGACUUUGAGAAGGACAUGAUUGCCAGGUACAAUAUUACAGCCUUCGGAAUGAGAGAUGUGGAUAAAUAUGGCAUUCAUGAUGUCAUCAACAUGGCUCUGGAAGCCAUUGAUCCAACUGCCGAUAGAUCCAUCCAUCUUAGCUUCGAUAUUGAUGCCCUCAGUAAGAUCAACCAUCAAGAUCAACCUGCCAGAUCCUCUCGAGGCACCCAGCACAGGAACAUCUGUCCCAGGCGGAUUGGCUCUCCGGGAAGGCAUCCACAUCGUUGAAGAAGUACACAAAACCCGACGACUUAGCGUAAUGGACCUCGUUGAAGUGAAUCCUCAGAUUGGGAAUGAGCAACAAGUGAAAGACACCGUGAAUGCCGCAAUUGAAAUCAUUAAAGCAGCCUGUGGUAAUUAUAGGUAAAACACAGAGACUUCUUGUACUCUCUCUCUACUCGAAUAAAGAUGAUCCUAUUUUAGAACUUA